AUGAAUAAAUACCAUUUAGCUUUAUUUAUCUUUUAUCUCAGCGUCUCUAUUUCUUAUAGCUACUCUUUAUCGAAGUCUCAAUAUUUUCUUGAAUUGCGACAGGAUUCAGAAGAGGAAACAGAAACAGAACAGACUGAUUCCAAUUAUGAUCUUACUUUGACUGAAGUAAACAAUGAUGAUACUAGCGAGGCAUCUGAUACUAGCACUACAGAUACCCAAAAUGAAAAAGAAGAGGAAGAAAAUACUGAAGAAGGAACUGAAGAAGGCGCUGAGGAAGACUCUGGAGAUGUCCAAGGUGAAGCGGAAACUGAUGAAAUUGAAGAAGAAAAUGAGACAGUUGAAGAGGAAAAUGAAAGUGGAUCAACUGAGGAUGAGACUGAAGUAGAUGAGACAGCUGAUAGUGAAACAGAAAACACAGAAUCUUCUCUAGAAGUCCUAGCAGAUGGGGUUGAAACUGUAGAUCAAAGCAUUUCUGACCUUUCAGGAGAUCUUGAUAACUCUAUGAGUGAUAUCACUUAUCAAACUAACACAGCUAUCGAUUUUUCUGCCACAUCAUCUUCUACAAUGAUUGACGCACAAAUCACAGACCUGCAUAAUGAUUUAGAUCAAGUAAAUUACGAACUUGACAAUUUAGAAGCUGAGCUAACCGUUUAUCUUGCCAUUUGUACUGAAUUCGCAGCAUGUUCAAGCUGUACCUCUAAUUCUAACUGUGUAUGGUGUCAAUCUGAGCUGAAAUGUGUAGAGAUGGAUAAUUAAAAUAUUGCGUCUUCGUCUAGAUAUGGCCUCACGACCAUACAGCCUCCGACUCAUAUCUUAAUUAUAUCCGGGAAGGUUUUUCUAGCCUUGAAAUGGACAGCAAUGCUAGGUAGCCAAUUCUGCGGGAGGCAGAGCCUAGCCCAAGUCCAACUUCGAGACUGGGUUUUACCUCGAAGGAAAGGAGGGUUCAGAUUUGAAAAGGGCAAGCCCAGCAAGGUCUAAAGGUAAUUAAUAGACCAAUCGGGCAACUGCCUAGCGUGAAACUAGGCGUUACGUCCCAGAUCUGGACUUUACCCUUUUGCCGAUAGACUACCAGAAAUUCCAUUUUUUGGAAUUUCGGAAUGCCAACUUCAUACUCCCUCAGCCUCAGGAGGCCGCACAAACCCGUAGGCUGCCCACACAAGAUUGAAGUCUUUUACAAGAGACAAGGAGGAGACCUGACGGAAGGAAGGUCGCAAAGCGGUUGAAUCCCACAAGGGAUCUUCGGUGAUUGCGUUAAAAUUAAGGGCGCAAGCCCGUCUACAUAAUGUAAUGUGUAGCUGGAGAUGAAGACGGCCCUUAUGAAAACGAGUGCUAUUCUUGGGACUAUAAUCAAUGCAUAACUAAAGACUGUAUGGAUUACGACAACUGUAAAACAUGUAUAGAAAACUCUGCUUGUGGCUGGUGUGAAUAUGGACAAUACUGCUUAGAAAGUUCUUCAGCCCAGGAUUAUGGUGACUGUAAAUCUACGUUUUUUUAUCAUUCUGAAUCUGACUAUAAAAAUAAAUGUCCAAGCGAAGAUGAUAAAUCGCCAAGAAAAGCAAAAGAAAGCUCGUCAGAUGCAAAGGAAUCCCAAGCUAUAAGAGCUGAAAUAAGCGUCCUUAGAGACUAUCAGUCACAAGUCCAGAGCCAAAUUGAUGAUUUAGAGCUUCAAAAAGACAGCAUUUUGGAUACCUCUUCAGAUGGCAGGGCUGACAGUACAGAUAUUUAUGUUGAAAGUAACAACGAAGGUCUUGGAGACUCCGUUGAUUCACUUUAUGAUAAAGAAGUUGAAGAUUCCCGAGAGUAUGAACAAGAGCUUGCAGAAGAGUCAGGAGAUAAAAUUUCUGAGUCAAUUAGCGGAGAGGUUAGAUAACUUGAUCUUCUGUUUUCAGAAGCUUUUUACAUGAUAUAGGAGUCGCUCUGAGCAACGGAUUGGCAGUUGCAUGAUUGUUAGAACUUCAUUCGUCCUCAGCUUGAAAAGCACUCUUCUUCCGCUACCCAGUAAAGUGGAUAGCGUCUCUUAUAUGCAAAUCUCAGAAUAACCUAAAUUUCCCAAAGCGAACUAACACCUCCAUUUUAAUUGUAUGGAGAGGUUAAUUAUGGGACUGACCAAAUGAAGAGCAGUAUCAGUAAAGCUGAAGAUAGUAUUAGUGAUGAGAUUGAAGAUGUGGAUAGUAGCUUGACUGAACAAAUUAAUGAUGUAGAAGCUGAUGUGGUGGAGUUAAAUGAGAAGGUACAAGGGUAUGAGGGUAGUAGUGGAGAUACUGAAAAUGCCAGUGCUGAUACGACUGAUUCUAGUAGUGAUGAAGCCGAUUCUAGUAGUGAUGAGAAUGCCAGUGCUGAUACGGCUGAUUCUAGUAGUGAUGAAACCGAUACUAGUAGUGAUGAGACCGAUUCUAGUAGUGAUACGGCAGAUGAAACAAGCACAGCAACUGAGGGGACAGGGACUUCUUAA